CCUCUCUCCGUCGCUCGCCAUGACGACCAUCCCGGCCCGUCUGGCCCAGACCACGCGCAUCAGCGGCUCGCUCGCCGAGUCGCACGCCCGGGCGCGCUCGCUCUACCGCAACUACUUCCGCAGCGCACCCGAGCUCUGCGCCCUCUACGCCCUCGACGUGCCGCCGUCCGUCGUGCGCGCCAAGCUGCGGCAGAAGUUCGAGGCGCACCGCCACGUGCGCGACAUUGCCGUGCUCGAUGUCAUGCUCUUCAAGGCGCACAUCGAGUACCAGGAGACGAUGAAUGCGUGGAAGCAGGUGCCGCACAUCAUGCGCUGGUUCGCCGAGGAGGAGGCUGCACCCACGCCGCAGACGUUCCUGGAGAAGUUCUACGCCGGCCGGGACGAGGGCCGGACGCCGACUGGUCAGGGCAACUAGGCGGGACGAGAAGAGGCAUUGGAGGAGAUGGGCAGGUGGAGAAGGAGAAUGAUAGCGCGUG